UACUGCCUUGUAACGUCAAGUGUGCUAACUGUCGUGAAAGCACUUCGACGAAGAAAAAAAGUGCACCAGGCUAAUAAGUCAGUCUAUUUAUUUCGUUUCCAGUUUGCAAUACUUACGUCGUAUAAAAUACAUCUUUGAUUCUUUCUUUAAGGAUAAAGUCGUCUCGAUGAGCUAGAAGCACUGCGCCGCUUCUCGUGCUAUCGUUUCUUGUUAGUUAGCUUAGCUCGCUAGUUAGCGUAGCUUGUUAGCUGCUAACAGAAGACAGAAGUUAUCAAAACAUUGCUAAGUAGAGAUCAAGUGUGAGAGUAAAGUGUUGUGAUUGUGUGAAAAUGUGCGAAAGAACGAUAGCAAAGUAAAGAGGAGAAGGAGCGACAACCUCAACUACUGGAUGUUUAUUAUAAGAAACAUCAUCAAGUUGUGUUACACAGAACAGACGUCUGUGAACAACAUCUUCUCUCUGAGCAACAGGAGUGGAGCUUCAGGAUGGUAAAGGAGGAGCCACCGCCCUCUUACUUUAAAGAGGAAGACAAGGACCCACUCACCCCCCACUUCAAAGAGGAAGAAGAGGUGCCAGAGACCCCACAUUUUAAAAAGAAAUUGAAUGAUCCACUGACCCCCAACAUUAAACUGAACAAAGAGGAACCACUGACCGACCACUUUAAAAAGGAAGAAGAAUAGCCACAGACCUCCUGCAUUAAAGAAGAAGAGGAGGAACACACCGUCAGUCAGGUGGGAGAGCAUUUUGAAGGAAUGUUGGCGUUCCCAGUGACUGGUGUCCCUGUGACGAGUGAAGAUGAUGAGGUGAAAGGUGAAAGUGAGGAGAAGAGAGAGGAGGUGCCUCCAAGCAGUGCUGCCAACACCUCAAGGUUGGCAUGCCAUCGUCUCUGGGACUCGGAUGAUAGCGAAGAAGACCCGGGAAAUGGUGACCUCGCAUCUCUGGGGUUGGCAAGCCAAUUGCACAGGCAGACUCCACCAUCUCGCCGAGUGCCAGCAAGAGUCAUUAGUACCGGUACUCGUCAACCCAACUCCUCAACUGGAGAUAACUUUCGAGCACCUCACCAUGGGGAAGGACCAGCACCUGCAUUAAACAUGCAGAGAGUUACACAAGGAACAGCAGUCCCUCCUCGACUCCCUCCACCCAAAGCACCAGCCCUCAACAUGUGGCAGACAGAGGAGCCUGGAUCCAGACUGGCCUACAGGCCAACAUGGCGAGGGGGAAGAAUGGCCGACAACAUUUCCUGCUCUGCGGCUGAGGUCCAGAUCUUUCGCCUGCUGGAAACUAUGAAACACACCCAAGACCAGCUGAUGGCGAAGGUCAACUUCUUAACCAGCAGGUUGACCAGUACCCCGGGGCCAGAAGUGGAAAUGCCGGCCAAUAUCCAGUUUCCACUGGAACAGUUGGAGGCAGUGGAGGCAUUUGAGGCACUUUUGAAGGAACCAUCAAAUGGUCCAGCUCGACAAAGAGUGAUUUCUUCUUUGGCCACCAUUGGAGGCCAGGAUGUGAAGCGGGUGACCUGGAACAUCCUGGGCAGGAUCUUCACAGAUGAGGUUUCACAUCAGAUCAAUUGGAAGGGUGUCAACAACAAAAAGGCCUUUAGCAGGAUGGCAACAAAGACCUUGCUUUUCAGUGCUGUGAGAAAAAAUGUGGAGACAAGGUCAGCCACGGAUGCCGAGGUCACCAAACACGCGAUCAGGUGGUUCAACCUGGCGGCGGAUCGGGCAGCGAGGAGACGAGUCCCGCCUCCACCUCCACAGACAGAUCAGGAGGAAUAGAAAUGUAUCAAUAAACAACCUUUUAUUUAA